AUGCCUGGCCAUGGCAGGUUACCGAAAUGUUAUACUGCUGUAGACGACGAAAAUGAAAUAAUUGAUGGUCGCAUACCGAUUGUAUUUGAAUGCGGACUUGUACGACGAAACAACAACAAAAUACGUAUUUUGGAUUUGGGAACAACAUUUCGUGUUAAGGCAAUUGAAUUCAAUGAUGAGUAUCAUCAUGCUUGGAUAGUCAAACUCGAAGUCUACGAUAGUGGAACAAUCGGGAAAGACUUUUUAGACUUGGAACGAAAUAUAAUGCCUGAAAAAUCGAAUUCUAUAAUUCUGGCUAAUCUACUAUUCAUAAUGGGUUAUCGUACGAAAGCCGAAAAUUAUUUGAAUCAAAUAAGUGAUGUGGAAGAUGCUGCUCUCGUGCAUUUCACUCUUGCUGAAAUACAUUACAAUCGUGGUGAUUAUGAUUUGGCAUUAGAACAUUUUCAGAUAUAG